AUGGGGAAGCUCACAGGCGCAGAGGUCGCAGAGCACAGCUCGACAGCGUCCUGCUGGGUCGUUGUCCAUGGCAAAGCGUACGACGUUACGGACUUUCUUCCAGAACACCCCGGUGGCCAGAAGAUCAUCCUGAAAUACGCCGGCAAGGAUGCAACGGCCGAGUUCGACCCAAUUCACCCGCCGGACACGCUGGACAAGUAUCUCGACCGCUCAAAGCACCUCGGACCGGUCGACAUGAGCACGCUGGCGGUGGAGGAGAAGGCCGUCGACCCGGAGGAGGAACAGCGCCUGGAGCGUGUCAGGAGGAUGCCGCAGCUGGAUCAAUGCUACAAUCUGAUGGACUUUGAGGCCGUGGCGAAGAGAGUCAUGAAGAAGACCGCCUGGGGAUAUUACUCCAGCGGCACGGAGGACGAGAUGACAAUGAGGGAGAACCACACGGCAUUCCACAAGAUCUGGUUCCGUCCGCGAAUCCUCAUCGACGUCGAGCAGGUCUCCAUCUCAACUACUAUGCUGGGAACCCCCGUCUCCGUUCCCUUCUACGUCACGGCCACUGCUCUGGGUAAACUGGGCCAUCCCGACGGUGAGGUCUGCCUCACCCGCGCCUCAGCAACUCACGAUGUCGUCCAGAUGAUCCCAACCCUUGCUUCGUGCUCCUUUGACCAGAUCGUGGACGCCAAAACCCCUGAGCAGACCCAGUGGCUGCAGCUGUACGUCAACAAGGACCGGGAAAUCACCCGCCGCAUCGUCGAACACGCCGAAGCCCGCGGGUGCAAGGGCUUGUUCAUCACAGUCGACGCACCGCAGCUCGGUCGUCGUGAGAAGGACAUGCGCUCCAAGUUCGCCGACCAGGGCUCAAAUGUGCAGUCCACCAGUGGCGCCGGAGCCGUCGACCGCUCCCAGGGUGCUGCCCGCGCCAUCUCCUCCUUCAUCGAUCCCAGUCUGUCCUGGAAGGACCUGCCCUUCUUCCGCUCCCUGACCUCCAUGCCCAUAGCCCUCAAGGGCGUACAGCGAGUGGACGACGUCCUGCGUGCCGUGGAGGCGGGUAUGGACGCAGUCGUCCUCUCCAACCACGGCGGACGACAGCUCGAAUACGCCCCGCCAGCCAUCGAGCUGCUGGCAGACGUCAUGACUGCCUUGCGCGCCAGGGGCUGGGAACGGAAGAUCGAAGUCUACAUCGACGGCGGCAUCCGAAGGGCGACGGAUAUCAUCAAAGCCGUAUGUCUCGGUGCAAAGGGAGUCGGUAUCGGGCGGCCGUUCCUCUAUGCCAUGAGUGCGUACGGUACCGAGGGAGUCGAGAGAGCGAUGCAGCUGCUCAAGGACGAGAUGGAGAUGAACAUGCGUCUGCUGGGCUGUACGAGUAUCGACCAGCUCGGACCGGAUCUGUUAGACACCAGAGGGCUAUCGGUGCAUUCUGUCUCGGGGCCCGUAGAUCAUCUAUCGCGGAGCGUAUAUGAUCCGCUGAUUGUGCCGGCGGAGAGGAAUCUAUCGAAGCUGUGA